AUGGAGCUUCAACUUUCUCAAAUCCGCUUCAUCACUGGCCUACACCAGAACCAGAUCGAGGCUGAAGACAUCUUCCGAAUAUGGCAGAUGUCAUCCAAGGUUUGUCCUGGCAGUCCAGGUAUCAAUGCAUCUGCUCCAUUGCAUGCGGCCCGCUAUAUACUGGGCAGCAAGUUCCAUUUUGUACUUUCCUUGAGUGAAGAUGGCUUUCCCGUUCACAGAAUAGUAAGCAUUUUGGACGUGUGGCAGAUGGCUUUUGCACCGAAUGCCGGCCGUAUCACGCAUGACGACGUCACUUUCGCUAUCAAGCUGCACUCCGUCGGACUUACCUCGCGCGAAGUCGCCAGUAUCCUUUGGACUCGAGGAUUGCAAAAACCGAUUGUCACUAGAGUGUUGAGUCGCACAGUACGCGUCUCUGCUUUUGAGUUUUCCGAAGAUGUUGCUUACAAGCUCAGCCAAGUGGGAGAGGUUGCGCAUAUCAAAUUGGAGAACGGCAUCUACCAUAUUCAGAUGAAGACUCAUAGUCAAGCAGCGGAAGCGGUCAAAUGGGGACACUCAUUUGCACAAGACCAAUGCAGUUUCGAAGAAGACAGCGGUGUUUGUCUCUUUUCUACUCGAGACCUGAGUGGAAAAGACCUUCAAAAGCUGCUAGACUCUGCUGGAGGGUCUCGUGGCGCAACGCAACUGCACCAGUGCGUAGAGGAGCCCGACGUACAAGAAAAGAUGGAAUCUCCGCGCAAGUAG